AUGUCUUUCACCUCAAAAAUCGUGUUUCUGGUGUCCCUGUUGCAAAUUUUGCAUUCUGGAUUUUCCAGUCAUGAGUUUGUCAUAAUGAAGCAGCGCUUGGCUGCAAACAGUGAUCUCAACGUUGAUGCUUUAUUUCUUCCGAAAGACGUGCAGAUCGAAGCUCUUUGUGGGGUGCUUUUGCUCGCGUUGUCGAUUUUUUUGUCAUUUGGAAAACAAGAGUUUCUGCCUUUGUCAGGAAAGCUUACAGUGUUGAGACAAGAAGGCGUAUUGCAAGAGAUCAGAAUGAACAAGGCUACAAUUGCAAAAAAUCUAGCGGGAUGCAAUCCAUACGGUGAAAUCACAAAUCUUCCCAGUUUCGUUGAUGUGCACGCAAAACGGACAGAGGUAAGACGGUGGAGAGAAGAACAAAUGAAAUCAGAAGCGCAAUGA